AUGACCCUCCCUACCUUCCCAAGUCUCUUCCACGGCAUCCACAAAGCAGAUAUUGGCGACAGCAGCCGUCGCCUCCCGGGCCACCCCCAAACAACACUGGACCGAUCCGCCAUUCUUCAAUUUCUCCAAAACGACUUCCGCACCCCGCAGCUGGACGCCUUCUCAAAAUGGCUCUGGCUCGUGUCAACCCAGGACAGCAGCCACGUCUUCAGCCUGACUCACCAAGUCGCCGUCGGCCGAGAGAUCACGGUGACGGAAAACCCGGAGCUGCAUCUUGUCUGGCACGACCACCGAGUAUUCCUCAAGCCCAUCCCGCCGUUUCUGCUUUCCUACGCCUUCUGGUCCGCGGUCCUGGAACCAGAACCGAGUGCCGGCACGAACAAGGACGCCGUGUACAAGUCCAUCUUGGGAUUUAUGCGCACCUACCAGCAUUUAGUGCAGCAUCCUUCGGACUUUGCGCUUGCAGAGAAACACGGCCUUUUGCCAAUCGACUGCAAUUCGAUAUACAAGAGAGCAGACGGCGAAAGUGUAGCUGCAGAGCUGGCUUUUGGGGAAGAAAACUCCAAUAUUACUUAUACUUCCUUUAUCAAUUUUAUUCAGGCGUUCGGGCCCUUGGCAAUACUUGAUGCCGAUGUGAGCCCUCGUUAUCAAUACGGUCAGCUGCGCCUUGGACCCCUCAAUUUCUGGGGAAAGUUUGUCUUGCGCAAGUUUGUCUUUUUCAAGGUCUACGGCAAUUACGAUGCCUACUUUAGUCGUUUUUACGGGCCCUUGUUGUUUACCUUUGGCGUUUUGAGCAUCUUUAUCAGCUCCAUCCAGCUGGGCUACUCUUCUCAACAGGGGUUAUAUGGCACCACAAAGAAUUCGUGGCGUCCAUUGUACAAGGUUGGUGAGGGAUUCUGCGUGGCUGUUAUGCUUGUCGUUUGCCUCAUAGGUGUUUGCCUGAUUGUGGUGUUUGUGUUCAUGACAGCGAGAGAGAUCACAUUGGCGUUGGCGGCUUUGAGAAGGAAGAAAAGGAAGAGCAAUAGUCAUGCCGCGUGGCAAGGGCAGCUGGAUAGUAGUUGA